AUGGAUCCCAAGCUUGAACAACAGAAAAAAUUUGGAAAGAUCUGCGGUUCUGCGGCCGUAGGUCUCCUCGUUACUGUCUUUAUCUUGUCCUAUUUGCAAGAGUGGAUGCGCAGGAAAUGCAGAGCCAGGAGACAUUCCAAGAUGAAGGGUCUCUGUACAACCACAGGAGCCCCCACAAGUGACGACGUUAAUGCGGACGAAGAGGCAAUGGAAGAAAAUAUCCGAAACAGUUUGGUUAUAAAGAAAUACAUGAUUCUGGACGAUGGCGUCAUCUCUGCCACAUUGGGAUCGAUGACUUCCAUGUCGUGUUCACUGCCUCCAGGAGCCACACGAGUGCCAAUUGAUGUUGAGACUGGCAACAAGGACGACAUCAGUGUUUCGGAGAGCAUCAGCGAAGACUCCGACAACAAUGUUGGCAACAAAAACAGUGACAAAAGAAGCAGGUCCCACCCCAAAAAGUUGGAUCGUAUGUUUAGCAGUCUGAGCACAUUCACGGGAUCAUCAGAAACCAUCAAAUCGAAGAAGAACCUGGGGAACCGUACACACCACUCUGUGUGCGAGCUCUGUGAGAAGAACUUUGUUAAUGGUGACGAUGUUUGUGAGUCCAGCAGCCCUCGUUGCAACCACGUCUUCCAUCAUGAGUGCAUCGCAUCCUGGAUCUCUUUUCAGAAUGCUUGUCCUUGCUGCUCCGAGCCAUUUGUGGUCAUGAACAUGUCCCAAGAAUUCACUAGCUAG